AUGCCGCACGAGGAAAUAGCUGAAUUUAAGAGUGCACAGGCAUUAAGCAGCGCUUCAACGGCUGCUCAACGAUCCUGCACGUCCACGAGUGAAUCUCUGGUGGUUUGUGAUGUUGCUGAAGACCUGGUGGAGAAACUGAGAAAAUUCCGGUUUCGUAAAGAAACCAACAAUGCUGCCAUUAUAAUGAAAAUCGACAAGGAUAAGCAGUUGGUGGUACUGGAUGAGGAGCAUGAGGGUAUUUCUCCCGAUGAGCUAAAAGAUGAGCUGCCUGAGAGACAACCUCGAUUUAUUGUGUAUAGUUACAAGUAUCAGCAUGACGAUGGAAGAGUUUCUUAUCCAUUGUGCUUUAUCUUCUCCAGUCCAGUUGGAUGUAAGCCUGAACAGCAGAUGAUGUAUGCUGGAAGCAAGAAUAAGCUUGUACAGACAGCUGAACUCACUAAGGUAUUUGAAAUAAGGAAUACAGAAGACCUAACUGAAGAAUGGCUGCGUGAGAAACUGGGCUUCUUCCAUUAAGAAAACCUCUGUAAUAAGUAUUUAUGUACCAUCCUGAUAAUACUGGAACCAGACAUGAAUACUUACAUCUAAAAAAAUGCACUGUAUUUACAUCUGUCUCCUGCAGUAUAUCUCUUGUGCAAAGUUUGUGCAAAGAAUAGCAGGUCUGUCUUCUUGAAGUAACAAAUCUUUGCAGGUGUUUCCUUAUUUGUACCUGUUAAAAGGGAAUACUCCUCUGCAGGGACUCCUUUUGCACUCUUGUGACUAAUAUUUCUAUAACUAAAAUAGUUCAGUUCCGGAUUUAUAACUAUCUACAAACAUAAUUUGGAAGCUGACGCUAACUUUUUCUGAGCUACAAAUGUAUCCUUAUGACACGUACUAGCCAUUUAUAUGCAGAAAUUGUGUACUGUCACUUACUUUUCAGACUUUCUGACUUAACGUCUUCUCAGUUUUGAAAACUACUCCCUGGAAGCAUUUAGUAUUAAAAAGCCAAAAUCCUUGUACAGCAAAUCCAUUCAUUUAUCUUUCCAUCGGGUCCAUGUGAACUUUCUCAAAUUCUUGGAACUAAUUUUUGUCAUUCCAGUAAUUCCUCAGUUGACUGAGUCAAUCUUACUAAAUUUCAGGGCAAAGCUUUGUCCAGUUCUCAUGCUACUGUAGUCUUACAGGAACUAGAUGAUAACUAAGGGCUGAAUUACAACUCUGGUUACUCUCGUACCAGAUGUCUUGCAUAUAUAACUUAUUACACUGUUAAGAAGUUUACCUCUUUGCUCAUUUCCUGUUAUAUGAACACCUGUUAAUACUGUGUGCCUUUGAUUUGUUAGCUUUAAAAUGACUUGAGAAUUUUACACUGCCACUUAUUACAAAUUUGGUAAAAACUUUGUUAAAGAAUCCAAGUAACAUUUUUUUCCUAGUGCCUAGUGUUGCAGUUGACAUCUGUUAAAAAAAAGAAAAAGCUAACCUCGUUUUCUUUGAAAUUCCAGUCAUCUACUCCAUUUGUAGGAGUCACGAGGUUAAAGCUUUUCAUGAUAAUGAAUGAUUUAUAUCUCUUUUGUUAUAGAAGUUGGCCACAAUAGCUUUUUGAGUACUUUAAUUACAGUCUCUAACUUUCUUAACUGCUUGUUGGUCAAAAUUACAUUCCAGAUAAAGCUUUUGCAUAAGUGAUAAUUUGAUUUUCAUUUACUUACAGUUCAUCUCUUUGAAACAGCAAAUAUUCUAAUGUGAAAAUAGUAUUUAACUUUUAUAAAUGACCAGUCUUUUUACAGGUCUGUUUUAUAUCGAAUAGAGUAGUUGUCUGAUAUGGGACAUGUUCAGCCCAUGCAGUGGCAAAAGGAGCGCUCAUGUGACAGUAUCUCACUAUCUUGCUCAUGGGUGUUUGUUGUGCUACUCAGUAAGUAUCUGCGUAAGAGCAGCUUCCUGUUGAUAACAUAGCUUAAAAUACAGCUGCCCUAACAAAUCUGUUCGGUGAGAAGGAAUGCAGUGUUAAAUUUGGAGGCCAGUAUUUCAUGCUGUGAAACCUUUGCUGAAAGAAGGUUUAUUUUUCGUUUGUAAACUUACGUUGUGUUAGCGUUAACACUAAUUCCUCUAAGAUCCCAAGGAAUUCAUUUGCAAAGGUCCUCGGUGUUGGUAAAUCUCUUCUUAGUUUGAUGUUACUGCUCAUUUAUUUGUAUACGAAUCUGACUUGAGAGGAGCUUUUCAAAAUACAUGUUCGAAUGAUCCAAUUAAAUCGAUCUUUCAGUGCGGGAAAGAAAUGCUUGUAAUUAAGUUUCUGUGUUAAUGUAGUGAACUGGAAAAACAAUUUGAUUUCCCUGGACAAAAAAAAAUGUUGAUUAUGAAACUGUUGCUUGAUCAUUCUGUACUACAGAUCAAUAAAAACAAUGUCUUUUGUGA